GACUGUAUUCGCAAGUGGACACGAGACUCUGCCCGGAGAAACAUCAUCUCCACCGGCAAAACAAGUAUAAAAACAGUUAUCUAUUUGGAAAUUUGGAGGUUAUAGAAGUGAAGUGAGACGUUCGAUAUGCGCAAAGAAUCAACGCAUACGGUUGGUACAACGGAUGGUGAUUCGCGAGAGGAAAUCUCCGAAUAAAUAGCCAUGUUCUCGACGAAGGAGCAGCUGAUAAAGAAGACCGGGAAACAUGGGAUCGGACGCCUCUCUUUCCUCGAGCAGCUGGUCAACGAGUACAAAACAACCAAGUCCCGAGAUCAUAAAGAGCAAGUGUUAGCAAAUUUGGCAAAUUUUGCUUAUGAUCCAGUUAACUACGAGUUUCUCAGACGGUUAAAAGUACUUGAACUAUUUAUGAUAACGCUAGAUGACAGCAACCCAAGACUGGUUGAAUUCGCAAUUGGUGGCAUUUGUAACAUUUCUGUUGAACCUUACAGCAGAGAAUACAUUUUACGCAAUCAUGGAGUGAGAUUAAUUUCUAAUCUCUUAUCAAGAAGUGAAGAACACAUAGUUAUCUCAGCUCUUACAACAUUAUUAUACCUUGAAGCAAAGCAGUCCAAAAAAGAAAUUGCAAGUCCUACAAAUGUAAAACAAAUUCAAAAAUUUGCAAAUGAAGCUUUAGAAAAUCUGAAGAUUGGAAAUAGAGUUUCUAUUCAAAGAACAGUUACCGAAAAUGAUGUACUUGGAUUUGCAAAGUUGACCAAUGAUUACAAUCCAAUACACAUAAAUUCCACCAGAAAUAUUGUACAUGGAGCAUUCUUAAAUGGUUUAUUGUCUGGUAUACUUGGUACAAAAUUGCCUGGUCCUGGAACAGUUGUUGUUGAGCAAAUCAUUCGAUACCCAAAACCUUGUUAUGUGGGCGACACAGUUGAAAUAUCGGUGGAAAUCACAUCUGCCAUGAUGUACUCCUCAACUUUCUUUGUGUUAUUACUCAUAUCAAUUGCACAUGCUCUUGAUGACAAUUCAAUCACGGAAAGUUCUUCAUCCACAACUGUCACAACUGAAACUCCAGUCUCUUCUUCAACAACAGAAGCUCCUAUAAUUGCAUGUACUUGUGGAGUAUUCUUAAGUGGACAAUUCAAGAAAGGAAGCAAAGAACAACCUAAAGGCAAUGCAGCCCUGCUACAUGAUCAAUCUGAUACAUUUCCUUGCUCUAACGUUGGCAAUAAAAUGUGCACUAAUAAAUGUUUGGAUGUCAUUGUCAAGCAUCUGCCGAAUAGCCCAAGCAUUCUGUGUGGAUCUAUUGAUAGGGACUGUCACAAAGAAAGAGCAUACUUAUUCAUCAAAAACUGCAAGGAUGAAUGGAUCAACACGAAUCUCUCCGCAGGUCGAGAAUACUGCUGUAAGGAUGGCCUUCCGUACAAGUGUCCCCUCUUAAGCUGAGUCCUCUUAAUCUAGGAUAUAUAUAUACAUAUUAUUAUUUUUUAUACUGUUAGUACGUUUAAGGACACCAUUACGCGUAAUAAGAAUCUAGAUAUCUUUUUAAAAAAAAAA